GCGCCACCUACUUUGUUUUCCUGGUUCGGAAAACCCUACACAGUUCCCCUUGUUGCCCGUCCCUCCGCAAUUUCCUCCGCCGCCGAUGCUCCGGCCACGUCCGCCUUCGUGUUCGUCCCCCGUGGCUUUGAUUUAUGAAGGUCUUUCCAUAUAUACAUCCGGAAAACGAGUUCCCUCAGCAGCGCAAUAGCAGCAGAUAAAAGAGCUUUUUUUCUGGCGACAAUCCAUCCCUCAAAAAAUGUCGUGUGUGACUUCUUCCAGAGUUUUCGCGCCUUCUGCCAAGCUUCUCUCCGGCUUCAACAAGAACAAUGUCAAUUUCUCAGUGUCAAGCGCUCCCUCUUCCUUCUUCAGCAACCUUUUCUCUUCGUCUGCGUCAUUUCCGAGACUCGUUGGCUGCGGGAAUAGUAUGAAUAGCUGGGAAAGCAGAAGACUGGUUAGCACCGGUUUGCGUUGUUCUGCUGCCCAGCAAUCGGGGAACUCGGCUUCAGUCGCCUCUCUGGGUAGGGAUGACUCUGAUGAGAGAGUGGUCGUAUUGGUGAUUGGUGGAGGAGGAAGAGAGCAUGCACUUUGCUAUGCACUAAAGAGAUCCCCCUCUUGUGAAACUGUCUUCUGCGCCCCGGGAAACGUGGGGAUUUCCAGCUCUGGUGAUGCCACUUGUGUUACUGAGCUCAAUAUUGCUAAUAGUUCAGCAGUAAUCGACUUCUGCCAUAAAUGGGGUGUAGGGCUCGUGGUGGUGGGGCCAGAGGCACCUCUAGUUGCUGGGCUAGCAAAUGAUCUGUUGAAGUUUGGUAUUCCAGUGUUUGGUCCAUCGGCAGAGGCUGCUGCUUUGGAAGGUUCCAAGAACUUCAUGAAGAGUAUAUGUGACAAAUAUGGAAUUCCUACUGCCAAGUACAAGACAUUCAGACAUCCAGUGCCUGCUAAACACUAUAUUCAAGAACAAGAGCUUCCAAUCGUAAUCAAAGCAGAUGGAUUGGCUGCUGGAAAAGGAGUAAUAGUUGCGACGACCCUAGAAGAGGCUUAUGAUGCUGUCGACUCAAUGCUUGUCGAUGAAAUGUUCGGACCAGCAGGCUCUCAGGUCAUCGUCGAGGAGUUCCUUGAGGGAGAGGAAGCAUCUUUCUUUGCCCUGGUGGAUGGAGAGAAUGCCAUUCCACUGGAGUCUGCCCAAGACCAUAAGCGAGUGGGUGAUGGAGAUACUGGACCUAACACCGGCGGAAUGGGAGCUUACUCUCCUGCUCCUAUAUUGACGAAGGAGCUGGAGUCCAUAGUUAUGGAUAGUAUAAUACUUCCUACUGUGGAAGGAAUGGUGGCAGAGGGUUGCAAGUUCGUUGGAGUUCUGUAUGCUGGAUUGAUGAUUGAAAAGAAGUCUGGCUUGCCCAAAUUGAUCGAGUAUAACGUGCGGUUCGGAGACCCUGAAUGCCAGGCAUUGAUGGUUCGACUGGAAUCCGACCUGGUACAAGUCCUGCUUGCUGCCUGUAGAGGCGAACUGAGUCAAGUAUCCCUCGAGUGGUCACCUGGCUCGGCCAUGGUUGUAGUGAUGGCGAGCAAUGGCUAUCCCGGUCCAUAUGAGAAGGGAACCGUGAUUCAGAACCUCGAAGAAGCUGAAAACGUCGCUCCAACAGUCAAGAUAUUCCAUGCAGGCACUGCUCUCGACUCGAAUGGCAACUUGGUAUCUGCCGGUGGCCGUGUUCUUGGAGUCACUGCCAAGGGAAAUGAUCUGGCGGAAGCAAGGGAGAGAGCUUAUCAGGCUGUCGAGAAAGUCAACUGGCCAGGCGGGUUCUACCGGCGAGACAUUGGGUGGCGGGCGCUUCCCCUUCCGGUUCAACCGAACCUAUGGUAAUUUGGGCAGUAACAUUGUUUAGUUGGAUACAGACGGGCCGGGCCCGGCCCAAUAAGUUGAAAUCAUGUUUCAUGUGCCUUUUUUUCUUCUUUUUUCUCCUCCUCAGCAGUUUCUACCUUACAAUCGCCGAUGAACCCGCGGGAGUUUCCCACCGCACCUUCCGGUCGCCAUUGUUUCCCUUCUAACUCGGAUCAUGAUUCCCAAUUCCUCAAUUCCCUUUCCCUCACCUUUAAUUCCAACCUUUCUCAUUGUCUCCGUUUCUUUUGGCAAAUUUUCUCCCGUACUCUGUUUCAGAAUUCCCCUGUUUUCCACAAUUUCUCUGUUUUGGUCUCGCCGGUUGUAAUCUCCGAUGGACGGAGGAGGAAAUGAGAACAAAGUCGAAGAUGAAGACAAACAGGCGCUGGCGGGGUUGAGCUCCGUCCCUAAUCCUCACCGAGCGAAAGUCCAAUCCUACAGCCAGCAGCUCCGCGGCGAGAGGAAGCUGCACCACCGCCAGGGUAGGAAGCACAGCCUCGACGACAUUCCCGCCAGCGGGGGGAGCCGACCUCUCUCCUCCUCCGACGAUGAUUUCUCCAAUUACUCGCUGGACGAGGAGGAAGCGACCCUCGAUCUGAAGCCGUUCACCCCGCUCUCCGAAUUCGUCGCCGCCGGGUCUCCCGCCGCGGCGGGGAGCUCCAGCCCCGGACCCGGCGGCGGCGGAGGAUCUGGCCCCGGAGCCGGAGGAAAAGGGGAGGCGAUUUUCAAGGUUCCGAUGAGGGCCGCGGUGCAUCCGGGGCGCCCGCCGUGCCUGGAGCUCCGGCCGCACCCGCUGAGGGAGACGCAGGUGGGGAAGUUCCUGAGGAACAUCGCCUGCACGGAGACGCAGCUGUGGGCGGGCCAGGAGAGCGGGGUCCGGUUCUGGAGGUUCGACCGGAUUUACGACCCCGGUUGUGGGUUGGGCGGGAAGGUCCGGAGAGGGGAUGAGGAUGCGGCGCCGUUUGACGAGUCGGCGUCCACGUCGCCGACGUUCUGUUUGAUGGUGGAUGCGGCGAACGGGUUGGUUUGGAGCGGGCAUAAGGACGGGAAGAUUCGGUCGUGGAAGACGGAUCAAUAUAGCGCCCCUGCUGCCGCCGCGGCGGCUGCGGCAGGGGAGCAAGAGGUGGUGGAUGGUGGCGGUGGUGGUCAGCCGCCGCAGCAGGUGGAUGCUGCCGCCGCGGCUAAUGCUCCGUUUAAGGAAGGGCUGUCUUGGCAGGCGCAUAAAGGGCCUGUUCUUUCCAUGGUCAUGAGUUCCUAUGGGGAUUUAUGGUCGGGAUCGGAAGGAGGAGUGAUAAAGAUCUGGCCAUGGGAGAGCAUCGAGAAAUCCCUUUCUCUAAAAUCCGAAGAAAAGCGGAUGGCCGCUUUACUCGUCGAGCGAUCGGCCAUCGACCUGAGAAGCCAGGUCACGGUGAACGGCAACUGCAGCAUCUCCUCCUCCGACGUCAAAUGCCUGCUCUCGGACAACAUCCGCGCCAAGCUCUGGUGCGCACAGUCCUUAACCUUCUCCAUCUGGGACGCCCGCACCAAGGAGCUCCUCCGCGUCUUCAACAUCGACGGCCAGACCGAGAAUCGCGUCGACGGCAGCGGAGGAGGGGAGAAGGGCCAGCAGCAGCAGCAACAACAACAACAAGAGAGCAGCGGGCAUGGUGGGGAAGAAGGUGGGGCAACUCCACAGGAGGCCUUGCCGGCGGUCCCGGAAAAGCCGGAAAAGCCGGCGAAGGAGGGGAAAGGGAAGUCGGGAAACAAGAAGGAGAAGGGCCAGGGCUUCCUCCAGCGGUCGCGCAACGCGAUCAUGGGCGCGGCGGACGCAGUGCGGCGCGUGGCGACACGUGGCACCAACGUCUUCGUGGAUGAUUCGAAGAAGACGGAGGCGAUCGUGAUGACGGCUGACGGGAUGGUGUGGAGCGGCUGCACCAACGGGCUGAUCAUUCAGUGGGACGGGAACGGGAACCGGGUGCAGGAUUUCAACUUGCUCAACGGCACCGCCGUCCAGUGCUUCUGCACUUACGGGACCCGAAUCUACGUCGGCUACGUCAGCGGGAUCAUCCAGAUGUUGGACCUGGAGGGGCAUCUCCUACAAAUGUGGGUGGCCCACAGCAACCCGGUGCUGAAGCUAGCCGUCGGGAAAGGCUACGUGUACAGCCUGGCCAGCCACGGCGGGAUCCGGGGGUGGAACACGCUGUCGCCGAGCCCGAUCGACCAGAUCCUCCGGUCGGAGCUGGCCGGGAAAGAGCUGACGUACACGAGGAAGGACCAGUUCCGGGUGCUCAUCGGGACGUGGAACGUGGGGCAGGGGAGGCCCUCGCAGGAGGCCAUGAUGGCGUGGCUGGGGUCCACCGCGUCGGACGUCGGGAUCGUCGUAGUCGGCCUCCAGGAGGUCGACAUGGGGGCCGGGUUCCUCGCUAUGUCCGCCGCCAAAGAAACUGUAGGACUGGAAGGGAGUGCAAUUGGGCAGUGGUGGCUGGACAAUAUUGGGAAAGCCUUAGGGGAAGGCUCUGUUUUCGAAAGGAUGGGAUCUAGGCAGCUUGCUGGCUUGCUCGUCUCUCUCUGGGUGAGGAAGAACAUGAGACAGCAUGUUGGGGAUGUUGAUGCUGGAGCUGUUCCUUGCGGGUUUGGACGAGCCAUUGGCAAUAAGUUCAUGAUGGUGAAUUGUGUUGUGCAGGGAGGGGUAGGGUUGAGAAUACGGGUGCGGGACAGGAUAAUGUGCUUCGUGAACUGUCACUUGGCAGCACAUUUGGAAGCAGUGAACCGAAGGAACGCAGAUUUCGAUCACAUCUAUCGAAACAUGGUGUUUGGGAAGCCGACAAUCCCCAACGCUGCCGCCGGUAUGCUGCUGACGAUCCUGCGGUUCUUGUUUUGUUGUUGCUCUCUUGCCUUCUCCACGUAUUUAAUUUGGAUCCUUUAUUAUACAUAUGGUGUACCCUUCAUCCUGUCUGUUGCAGCUGGUGUGUCCUCCUCCUCCCACACCCUUAAAUCCGAUAAGAACUCCGGUGGUGGUGGCGGUGGCGGCAAUAACAACAACAAUGGCUCGUCCGAGGACACAAAGCCAGAGCUGUCUGAUGCAGACAUGGUUGUGUUCUUUGGGGACUUUAACUACCGGCUGUUUGGGAUAUCAUAUGAUGAGGCCAGGGACUUUGUGUCUCAGAGAUGCUUUGACUGGCUUCGAGAGCGAGAUCAGCUCCGAGCUGAGAUGAAAGCUGGGAGGGUUUUCCAAGGGAUGCAUGAAGCCAACAUUACUUUCCCUCCUACUUACAAGUUUGAGAGAAAUGUCCCUGGAUUAGGAGGCUAUGAUUCUGGGGAGAAGAAACGUAUACCUGCAUGGUGUGACAGGGUUAUAUUCCGUGAUACACGGCCAGGUUCAGCUACACCAUCGCAAUGCGAAUGUAGCUUGGAGUGCCCUGUUGUCUCUGCAGUCAUCCAAUAUGAAGCUGUCAUGGAAGUGACUGAGAGCGACCACAAACCCGUACGGUGCAAGUUCCACAUCCAAGUAGCUCACACAGAUAGAUCAGUGAGGAGGCAAGAGUUUGGCGAGAUCCUGAAGACGAAUGAGAAGAUUCAAUCGCUGUUGGAGGAAUCUCGAGUGGUCCCAGAGACAGCCAUCAGCACCAACAGCAUUGCUCUGCAAAAUCAGGACACUGCCAUCCUCAGGAUCGCCAACAAAUCUGCAGCAGACAAAGUAGUGUUCAGGAUCUACUGUGAAGGCCAAGCCAAUUUCAAGGAUGAAGGGGAUGAAGCCGAGUAUCAUGCACGAGGUAACCAUGGCUUCCCCCGGUGGCUUGAGGUCACACCAGCAGCUGGAAUAAUCAAACCUGACAAUAGCAUGGAAGUAUCAGUGCACCAUGAAGAGUUCCACACACUAGAAGAUUUAGUAGACGGCAUCCCACAGAACUGGUGGUGUGAAGACACCAGAGACAAAGAAGUGAUCCUUGUAGUCGUUGUACAAGGCAGCAGCUCAACUGAGGUCACAACUCAUCGGGUCCAUGUUCGGCACUGCCUCUCGGCCAACACUCUGCGUGCUGACUCUAAAUCAGGCUCGCGCAGAGGUCAAAAAAGUGAUCCCAGGCAACAAAGCGGUGCAUCAGCUGCAACCAAUGAUUCUCGAAGUUCACAAAAGCCUUGA